UCCCUGUUGGCUUUCCAUCUCUACCAAAUACCGUCCGUCACUCGGACUAAUCGGUGGCUAGUGGCUACCUUCCUAACUACGCUUCCUAGUUCUUACUCCGUGGCUCAGCUGACGCAACGAUAUGAUUGAGGAAUUCACGGAGUCACCGAUGCUUGGGAUUGCCGGGAUUGCCGGGAUUGCCGGGAUUGCUGGGACUGUUGACGUCUCUGCCUGCUUCUGUGAAGGUCGUGUCCAUCGAGGUUAGGAGGUCACUGGCACAUGCCUGCCUGUCUGAUGGGCUGACAUGGCCACGUCAUCCCCCCCUAUGACAUUGGACAUUGGUUCGACUCUAUGAUAUUCGAGGCGGUUCAGACUGACCUGUCCCCCCCCUAUCCCCACCCCUUCACGCCCACUCAACCCGGAUCUCCAUCCGGCCAUCCAGGCUACUUCCAGAAAAGACCCGCAGAUUGAUGAUGAUGAUGCGGGCCCAGGUGUUUUACAUGGUGGUGUUCGUCUUGAUCUGGAUCGGGUUCACCUAUUUGCUCUUCGUUCAACGACCCGGGGCACUCAAUGCCCGCAGUAGCCACCACGGCACCCGGCUCGAGCCCCAAUUGAAAGUGCGGCUGGUCGAGUUCGAGACCCGUUUGCGGCAACAGAUCCGGGACAACGCUCAGUUGUUGCGGGAGGUACAGGCUUUACACGGCGGGGUCGAACCCGCGGUCGUCAAGUUUGUGGAUGGGGCCAAUGAGUAUGAGGCCGGGGGAUUGGGCGGGGCUGGCCUGGAUUUGCAGGCCGUGCCGGGGGGUGGGACGGGCGGUGGACCGGCUGAAUCUGUCCGCGGGUCGGUCGGCCCUAUCAUGCCGUUACUCAUGUUCGCCUGCAAUCGCGUGACCGUGGCCCAAGCCGUGGAUUUGAUCCUGGCCAUUCGUGGGGAUCGGGUCCAGAAAUUCCCGCUCAUCGUGUCUCAGGAUUGCGGGCAUAAGGCCACCCGGGAUGUGCUUUUAGGCUACGGCGAUCAAAUCAUCUUUCUGGAACAGCCCCAUCAGAGUCCGAUUGCCGUGCCCGCCAAAGAGAAGAAAUUCCAAGGCUACUUCAACAUCGCUCGUCAUUACGGUUGGGCCCUCAACCACACGUUCAACGAGCUCAAGUACGAGCAAGUGAUCGUGGUCGAGGACGAUCUGGAGAUCGCCCCGGACUUCUUCGAGUAUUUCGAGGCCACGCUGCCCAUUCUGAAGUCCGAUCCCAGUCUGUACUGCGUGUCCGCCUGGAACGACAACGGCAAGCAAGGCCUCAUCGACCAGGUUCAGAAGUCGUUGCUCUAUCGGUCCGAUUUCUUUGGCGGUCUGGGCUGGAUGCUCACCCGUGAGCUCUGGCGGGAGCUCAGUCCCAAAUGGCCGGCCAGUUAUUGGGACGAUUGGAUCCGCGACCCGCGACAACGGCGAGAACGGGCUUGCAUCCGACCGGAGAUCUCCCGCACCAAGACCUUCGGCAAAGUGGGCGUGUCCAACGGCAUGUUCUACGACAAGCACUUGAAGUUCAUCAAACUCAACGAUCAGUUCUACGACUUUACGAAGGCCGAUCUGAGUUACUUGCUCAAGGCCCAGUACGACCCGGCCUUCGAGGCCAAACUGAAUGCCUUGCCCGUGGUCAGUGUGGAGGAGUUGCGGUCGGGCGAGGCCUCCGGCAAACACAAGGCCCGCCACGGAGCCGUGAGACUCGUUUAUCAUACGAAACUCGUGUUCAAGAAAUACGCCAAGGUCUUAGGGAUCAUGGACGAUUUCAAGGCCGGAGUGCCUCGAAUGGCCUACAAAGGCGUGGUGAGCACCCUCUUCAACGGCCUGCGGGUCUAUGUGAGUCCAGCCUUCAGCUGGAAAGGCUACGAUCCCACGUGGUAGUAGUGCACGGGAUUCGGAUCGCGUGCCCAACUAACAUUGCUCAGAUGGUGUCCAGGGACAUUUACAAAUUUAGAAUGAAAUAUUGUUUUGUUUUCGUGAUCACAAAGUUUCAGGACUCGUGGAGAAGUGCUUUGUCGCCAUGUGGGGCUUCCUAACCUAGAUAUUCAACCGACCUUAAGCUGACUGGUGAUCAAAUAAUAAGUCGCAACGCUAAAAGAUGUAAGCGCUGGAGAGGUCGCGGAAUUCAUCUGUUCUCUUUCAAAGAGCUCUGGGCAGGUGGAGAAAGCCCAAAUGAGGCCCCUCACAUCCAUUCCAUCCCGCCCCUGAUAGAUUUACUGAAAUUUACUGGAGAUGGCUAAUCGAGGUCGUAAACCUGGAUCGAAUGUUGUUCGCUGAUUUUGUCAAACAUUGCCAGACUGUUUUCUUUGUCCUAUUUUUUUUUUGUUCUUCGUUUUUUAUACAUCAGAGAUCGUUGUUAUUAUUGGGUUGUGGUUUUUUUUUCGGUUUUUGUUAAAAUUCCUGCACCACCUUCAUCAAAUGUGAUACUACUAUAGAGUUGACACGUUACCGAACCAAAAUGAUCAACUUCAAAUAAAGGAAAUCCUUGAACAGAACUUUCCAACCGGGGGAAUCAUCGGUAAUGAUUCGUCCAAUCCUCUUGCCUUACAGA